AGUUAAAUAUAAAUAUAAAUGGCGUAGGGCGGUGGCAUGUGUCACUAUUUCGAUCGAUAAUUGUUUCGACGAGUGUUCAAUUCGAUCACUUAACAUCACCUACUUUUUGUGCUAAUGAAUUUUGUGCAUUUUCUCUAUUAUGCAUUACCUUUUAAAGACUAUUUUCAUUACGGCCAUAAAAGGGAAGGUUGACGAGUUAGUGUAAGGAGGUUAUAUAGAGUUUUCGUUUUGACAGGCGCAAUCACGCAUUACCGUGGUGGGACGGUAAAAGAAGUCAGUUAAAAAGUUCAGCAGUAGAGAAGAGAACGACGUCGUCAUUAGUUGUGUGGACGAGUUCAAGCUCGUAGCUUGCUUUGGUUAGAUAAGAAAAAAUUGGUUAUUUUGUAUAACAGAUAAAGUGAAUGUUACAAAAUGGAUGAUAAAAAGACAGAACACAUUGUCAUGACUCCAAAAUGUAAGACUGCAAAUUCUACGACCCUUAUAAUAGAAAGGCAGGCUUUAGAACCGCCAACAGAAAACGGAAAUGAAAAUAAUGUUCAUGUUGCUGGAGGAGAUCACAAAGGAAUAGUUAUUAAUAAACAAGCAGCUGCUGUUACAAAUGGUGAAAUUCAUCCAGCGCAUCUUUGCUUACAAUUUAGAGUAUUCUUAGUGAGUGCUCAAAGUGGAAAGCAUACACAAGAAUCUAGAACUCUUCAAUUUUGGUUCAUAGACACACUUUCAGAAGCAGAACAUCCAAGUGUAGCACAAGAAUUUUUUAGGGAAUUAGUCAGUCCUCAAGAAUUUCCAAGAGAUUAUGUUGGAUUUAUAAAGAAAAUAAUGAAGUUAAUGUUACAUAAGUAUUCUACAAUUAAAAAGAUAGAAGUGGAAUUAAAACAGCUUGAAGAACCAGUUAAUCUUCCAGCUAGACCAUCUGAUACUGGUCAUAUACUGUUCACACUUCUUCCAUAUAAGAAAAUUAAUUGGAAAUCAGUAUCAACAGAUGAGACAGUUAUUGGUCAAGUGGUUGAAUUGACAAUAGAAAAAGUGUUAGAACUUAUUGAAUCAGCUUAUCCAAAUCCAAUUACAAUAACUGAUAUAGCAAAAGAACAUGGCUGGGAUCCUUCUGCCGUUGAAGUAAAAUUAAAAGAAUUACAGGAAAAAGGUGUUGUUAAAGCAAUGGACCAUGGAGCUUUUACUAGAGUUGCACACCAAGAUACCCAAAUACAAGUUGUAAAACAAAUGCCAACAAUGGCAAGUGCAAAACAACCUACUAUAGCAAUUAUCACUGCCCAAUAUUGUGAAAAAUUAGCAGUUGAUUCUAUGAUUGAAAACAAAGAAACAUUUGUUCGCUAUACUACUGUGGGUGAAUCAAAUGUUUACACAUUAGGCAAUAUUGGUGCACAUAGAAUUGUAUGCACAAAACUACCAACUGUAGGUCAUACAAGAGAAGCAAUGACUGCGGCAGGAAAUACAACUACCAGAUUAUUAGGUACAUUUCAAAAAGUUGAUUUUGUCUUCUUAAUUGGAAUUGGUGGAGGUGUACCACAUUAUACAGAUUAUAAUAAACAUGUGCGACUUGGUGAUGUGGUUAUAUCUCAUCCUGCUCCUUUUAAUAAGAAGUAUAUUUACGUUUAUUGCGAAAGUGCAAAGACAAAUGAAAAUGGUGAUUACCAUUUUGAAACCAAAGAAUAUUGUCCAUCAAAUUUAUGCCUUCAAGAAAUUGCUGCUAAUCUCAAAGAUCAGUCAGAGAAUGAGAGAAAUCCUCCAUGGCAAACGUACCUGAAGGAAGGUUUAAAUAUUUUAAAUAAUCAAACGGAGCAUGAUUUCAAACUACCGCCACCAGAGUCCGACAAAUUAUACAUGGCUAUUGGUGAAAGAGAUGUUAUUGAAGUUGCGCAUCCUACUGCACCUUUAGAUGCGGCGAAUAAAAGAACAAAUGGCUGUCCACGAAUUCACUUAGCACCUAUAGCAUCUGGUAGACAUAUUGCACGUGAUGACCAACUCCGACAGAAAUUUGCAACCCGUUUUGGAGCUCUUGCAUUUGAUACAGAGAUGGAUGCUGUAGUCGAAAGUAUCUUGGGUAAUUGCCGUGAAAGUUUUGCCGUUAUUCGAGGUAUUUCUGAUUAUAAAGAUGGCUCUCGUAUAAAAGAAUGGCAGCCUUAUGCAUCUUUAGCUGCUGCUAGUGUAAUGAAAUCUAUUAUUUGCGCUAUGGACCCACCCACUAACGUAUAAUACUAUUUCCGAUAUUCGUUUUAUUUCAUUCCUGACAGCAUUUUCUGUAAUAGUGGGUAAAAAUAUCAUUGUUUUGUUUUUUUUUUUAUUUCAUAUGGAUUUUUUAAUACAUAGCGGACCAACUUUUUUCAUCAUAAGAUCAAAGUGGUCUUAACUGGCGCACUCAAUCAAUGAAGCGCACAAAUUACAUAAUUCAGAAUUAUUAACGAAUAGCAUAAGUAAAGUUUUUUUUUUCUUACAUUUCAAGUUGCAUUUAAUGUAACAUGAAUUGUUUAUCUUAUAAUUAGAAGAAAAUAAGAUCGUGAUCAAAACGAACAUAUACGAACGAUUAAAUACGUAGUAGUCAACAAGUAAGAUGCACUAAAUGCAUUUAAAAUAAUUAAUCGUAGUUAGUCUAAAUGACUUUAAUGGUAGGAAUCAAGGGUAAUUCAAUAGAUUCACGUUUCUAAAUUAUUUUCAAAUUAUUUCCAAAUCGCUCAAAAAUAAAAUAUUUGAGUGAUAAAAGUCCUAACUUUUAAAGCUCAGUUUCACAUAACUAUUUGAAGAAUAUUUUUCAAGUUCCAUCUUUGAACUUUUUGAUGUCAUUUAAUAAUAUAUUUAUUAUAUCGA